AUGCUUCAAGCGCUCGACUAUUCGGCGGCCAAGCACCAUUUCGUGCUUGGCGACUUCGGGCUUUGCUGUAGCGUAGCAGAUUCCACGUCGUUCUUCGGGACGAAGGCUUACAUGGCUCCGAAGCUGGUAUGUGGGGGAGCUCAGACGGUGGAGAUCGAUGUGUGGUCGCUCAUGGCCACGAUGCCGUGGGCGGUCGAUGUAGACAAGUUCCGCGAGAUGCUGGCGGCGAUCGAAGCGCCGGGCGAUGCCCAGGGGAUGGCCGUAAGGGCUGCUUUGUGCCUGGCGGCGGGUCCGAAAAUAGUGAGAAUCGACCCAGCCGGACGGGCCUCGGCGGUGCAGAUGCUCGUCAAAUUCUUCGACGGGAAGGGACCCACCCGCCUCGACGGCGAGUCCCAGAGAUCGGCUAAAGUGGUAUCGAGGCUUCGGGCACGCAGGGCGCAUCUCGUACGACGAGGUCUCAAAGCACAUACUGGAACGUCUUAA